AUUGCAACAACAACGACAAAAGGAACUGCAACAGCAACGACAACAGCAGCGAUUAGGCCUAAAUUAAAGAGCAGUAAAAUCAUUUGUUCGACCGGCUUAUGGAACUGAACUAUUGCAAAGUGUGCAAACUGCAUUGCGAACAUGGAAAGAAACACAAAUACAGCGCAAAGCAUGUUGCAUUAUUCAACAGCCUGGUAAAGAAAUUUGGAUCGAAAGUAAAAGAAUGCAAAAAAUAUUUGGAUUUUCCUGAGGUUAUCAGUGGGGAAUUUGAACCAAGUGCAUCUUUUUGGUGUCAUUUUUGUGAAAUGAAAAUUCCUAAACAUGUCACAAACAGAACAUUUUCAAUAAAGUUUGGAGGUGUCUUUGAACAUUUUGCAAGUUCUGCACAUACAAAAAAGACACACAAUUUCUGGAAAUUGAAUGGAGGAGAUACCAAUCUGAAAAAAGAUUUUCUUAUCUCAGAAGAAGAUUAUGUGACUUACAAAGGAAGAUGCAAAAAAGCACUGGACAAUUUUGCACAAGAAGAGGAUCUAUCUCACAUGCAGGCUGCUGAGGAAAUCAGAUCAAGGGAAGCUGAAAGAUUGAAAAUAGUUUCAGAUCAGAAACAUCCAAGCAGCUCAAGUUCCUGUGAAGGAAGAACAGUCUUAAAUUCGCAUGGGGUCAUGCAAAACCACACUGGCUGGCAUGAUGGAAAACGAGUGUGGAGAGGUGGAAUUGUCAAGCAAGGAUUUAGGAGGAGAGAUCUCACCAAGGUGUCAAAAGGAAGAAAAUUUGGCGAAGAAGAUUCGGAACAUAUUCAUCGGACCAGCUCUUUUCUGCCAACGUUGUCGUCGGUAACUCCCUCCAAAAAUGCUGGUAAAUUAGUUGGAAACAUUCAUACUGUUUCAAUUUGCGAGCUCAUUUUCUUGGCUACACCUUAUCUUGUUAUUCAGGGGCUGUUCCACCUUGGCUGCAAGAUGAUGACUCAAACCAGCCUUCCUCUGAACCUGCCAUUGGACCAUCUUACCAAGAAUUUUUACGUCAUGCCGAGAAAAAACAAAAGAAAAAAUCGAAUUUUAAAAGCGUCGGUGCAAAUUUUGAUCACUCUGCAGAGACGUCAGAUGACUGGUUGCCGUCUUUCGGAAGAGUUUGGAAUUCAGGCCCGAGAUGGCAGUCAAGGAGAGAGUAUCGGAAAGAAAAACAGAAGACUAAGAAAGAGAUGCUUUAGAGGACAGGGUCAACGUUAAUUGCUUUGAGCGAAGACAUAUAUUUAAUUUCAAUAUCUGAUUGUUAAUAGCAUGAUACUUGCUAUAUAACUUUUAAAAUGUAAAUAAAUUCUUGGUGUUUCUUGUAAAAGUUAAUGUGAGAUUUACUUCGACCAUUCUUUAUUAUUUGUUUGUGAAAUUAUAUAAGGAAACAGCCGAAGUAC